GUUUGAUGUUAGUUCCAAACAACUGUUCAACCAUUCAAAUAUUCAUAAUUUUCAUACGGAUAGCUUAGGACACAUUAUUAAAGCAGUGUUUGUAAAAUGAUGACUCCUGGAACUUCUUUACUACAUGUUUCUGGAGCCAAGUUAGCAUCUGAUAAUGAAACAGACACUGUUAUUGGCACAAAGGAUAUACAAAAUAUAAAAAAAGAACUGCUCCAUUACAAGAAAGAAAAUAAAAAACUGACUGAUCAGCUUAAUUGUCUUGUAUCACUUAUAAGAAGGUAUAUAUUAAUAUUUAAUUAACGACACAUGUCAGAUGUAGCAAAUUCAUAUUUUCAUAUCAAUAUUAUAUUUUCAAAAAUUAUCAUUUAAGCCAUUUAGGUUCCAUUUAAUAAUUUAAAUACUUUAUGAUAAGGUUAGCUGCCCAGCUUUUGGAAUUUUUAAUAUAUGAAUAUGAUGAAAUAUUUUUCUGCUUUAUUCGUUAAGAGAAAUAAUCAAAUGAGUUAAGAAAUUUUGUAUGUUAACGUAAUUUUUUAACCCACUAAUCUCUUCUUUGCUUAAAUGUUUGGCAGGUCUUGGACUGGUGACAGAAUUGCAACUGGCCAUCUCUCAAACAUUGUGGGUAUGUUACAGUUGUCUUUUUACUUGUAAAACAAGUUAUUGGUUGAUUCUUGAUCAUAGCCCAUUGCUACAUGUCCACAGUGUUGUGGUUCUAAACUUUGCAGAUGGUAUUCUGAGCUGGUUUCUUAAAAUCACAGAUGCAUCAAAAUAUAAGCCCAAUUUAUUUUCCCUAAAGAGCAGAAAGUAUAGGCUAUUCUUUAAAAGGAAUAGAAGGUUUAUGGCCCAAAUAUAUCAACUCCAUGUUGUUCCACAUUGACAUACCAAUCACAUACCAUUCACAGUGUUCUUAAAGUACUGCAACAUCUCCCACCCAAGAGCCAAGACUAAUUUAAUGACAAAGUUUCUCAUUCACACAGAAAAAAAUCAAUUAGUCUACUUUACCUUGUAAGUCAAUAUUAUUACAAAUGCAAGUAGUUUGUGCUAAAGAGCACAAACCUCAAGGAGAUGCAGCCUGUCAGUAGUUGAUAAGUUCGCAUAAAUUGGAUCCAUUAUUGUAGCUAGAUGUCCAUUGAUGAGAAGUUGAAUGGCAGGAUAGGCAAAGCUCUUGCCAGAUUCAACAACCUUAAUCUCACAGAGGACAAAACUCUGCAUUCCCAGACAUGCAUACUCAGUACACUAGGGAAGUGAAGCACUGACCACAUUCAAUAUAUGUGAACAGUACCACAUUCUGCACACUAUGUUAAUUUUGUGGUGUAAUACAGAGGUGCAGGAAUAUGUCAACAGGUUCAUGUUCUCCAUUAUAUGCAGUGAUGCACUUGUAGGCUCUGCCAGAUCAAGUGAAUGGAACCAGACCAAAUCCCAAAGGAUAUGCUGCAUAAAGAAAUGAAAGAAGGUGCAUGACCUACUGAAUGCUAGUAGCUUUGCUUCUAGGGCAUGUGGAAGUAAGAUAUAAAGAUGACCAGCAUCAACCUUAGUGAUUGGAAGGGCUGUGCUAAGACUGUUUAGACUGAUGCCUUGCUAUCAACCAGGAUGGACCAAGGAUGCCCCACAAUGCAAAAAGAAAUGCCAGGAGGAUGGCUAAAGAAGAACACCCUAUUACGUUCACCCUGGGAGAGUAUAGCAGAGACUGUGUCUCUAUCUUUGUCUUAAGCCAUUCCCAAAGGUGCAACUAAGAUGCCACACCAUGGUCUCUUGCAGAUGGAUUGAUGCUGACGACAAAUAUCCUAUAUCAAAUAUCAUGCCCUAUGAAGUUAAUCAGAAAUUUUAAUCUAUUUUGAUCGCACAUUUUAUUUAUAUAGUGAAACUUAAACUUGCAAGAUAACCAUCAUUCUGGAUUGUAUUUAUAAAUUCCUCUGUACAGUUGCUUGAUUGGACGAAGUCAUUUUGUUAAAAUUUGUUUAUGAUCACUGCUCAGGUUAUGAGUUGAUUGAAUUUUAUGGUGAAAUAAUUAAUUUUUGCAGUUAUUUCAAAUAGUAUUUUUCUUUUUGUGUUUUGAUCAAAUUCUUUAGUUCAAAAUUUCAUUACACCAUUGGAGUAUUGUUGAACCAAUCAAGUUUACAAUCACCGUCUUAACUGAAAAUUAACUUAUAUUGUUUUAAAGGUAUCUCUCCUCCACAUCAUCUUGCAACUUCAAGUGGAACACAUGCAAGACCAAAUUCAUCAGUGGACACUGCAAUUACAAAAACUGUAUGAUUAUUUGUUCAUGCUUCUCUAAGUUUAUUAAAAUGUAUGUUUAUUUUUUUUUUUUUCAAAAUUAAAUAAAAAUAAAUGAAUUAAUUUAAAGAAAAACCUCAAAAUGGAGUCAUUACAUCUAUGUUCAGUUUCUUUGAUUUCAACCCAGCUUUAACAUGUGCAUCCCCCCCACCCCCCCCACCCCCUUUUUUUUUUGUUUUCUAGAGAAGAUGUGAGCAGAAUUGGGAAAGAUUUGCCCUAAAGCUUUUAGAGAGGGAAUAUAUGGCUGUCCAAACAGAAAUUAGAAAACACCAGCAGCAUUAUAUAGAGAACAGACAGCUAUACAUGGAUGCUGUACUUCAAGAUCACCACAACAAUAUCACUAAAGUUCAACUGCAUAACACUGGGGUUUGUAAAGAUAAUUAAUUUUCAUUUUAUGAUUAUAUACACACACAAAAUUUCGAUCAAUAUUCUGUACUAACAUUAUUUUUAAGUAAUUCUUCAGUUUACUUACAAUUCACACCAAUUUUGAUAAAAUGUGCACUCUUGCUAAAAAUAACUAUUUUGAUACAUGUUAUUUUGAUACAUUAUAAAAACAUGUUAAAAACAUACUUACAGAAAGUAUUUUAUUUAAGUUCAAAUUUGCUUUAUGAAAAAGAAUGUACAAUUCUCAUUCUAAGAGGAGUCUUGCAGUUUUACAUCUUAAGUUAAUUCUGUGUCUAUCAUACAUUUUACACUCUUUUAAUUUUGUCAGGCAAUUGUUCAUAUUACCUGAAUAUAUUAUUAUCGGAUUUACUAUAUAAUAUAUAUAUAUUUCAGAAAAUUGGGUCAAGAAAUCUAAGAAGAACCCAGUCUGCAGGACCACGAAGAAUGAGAACCACACAGGAAGUGGUCAAUGGAGCAGAGGUAUCAUUACGAGAUCUGGUUGGGGAAACAGUUUCAACAGAUCAGAUGAUUUCUGCUCAGGUAAGUGGCACAUGACAUCUCAUUGAAAUCAAGCAAUAGAUGAAUGUGUUCAAAUAUUUCUAAAAUACAUUCUCAUUAAAAUAUGUAACUCAUUUUUCUUACCUGACGUAGAAAAAUUUGAUAAUUUUUUUUAUUGAUCAGAUGAGCGAGCCCUACACAAUUACACCUUCAAAGUACAUGCCCAGACAUGCAAGUUCAUCUCAACCACGACGUCUGCCACCAAAUGUUUAUAAUGACCCGACCAGAUACACCCAGGUUGGUUAUCUACUUGAAAAUUUUCACUGGAUGCAAUCACAUGUCCUAACCCUAACCCUAAUGCUAAAACACUACUUUUAUAACAUCAUCUACUCUACCAAUCAUUUUAUGAAUGUGAAUUUAAAAACAUAAAAAACCAACCUUCAAAGCUAGGACUGUUUUGCAAUAAUAUUCCAAUGUUAACUAAUAUUAUUCUUACCAGUCAGUCACAUAAGAAAUUUUUACCAAGAGUGCACUUUAAAAAAGCUUAAAUGUUACCUCAACUUUUAAGUUAUGAAAAUGUUAUGUUUUCGGAAAUUACUGUCAAGUUGUAAAACCAAUCUUAUAAUCUGUCAUUUCCUUUUUUUUAAAAAAAACACAUCUCUGUUUUCUCACACAUUUUGCAUUAUUUCUCAGACAAGCUUAUUUGAAGUUAGCGACAAUAACAUUGUGAAGCGCACCAGACCUGUCAGUGCUUCCAGUUUAAAACAAGGAGAUAUUCAGCGCUCAAGGCCUCGUCUAAACCGUGAUAGUUCUACUGAGCUCCACACAGAAAAUAAAGGUAUCGGUACAUUAUUUUUAAUCCUGCACACCCCCGAAGAUCCAAGGCAAUAUUCAACUUGAGUAGUACCCUCUCACUCUCUCACUAUUUGAUCAAAGGGCAAAAUUUAUUCAAGAUGACUAGUAGUAGACCAUGUUGCUGUAGAUGACAAGCAAUGUUGUUUUUUGUUUUGUUUCAAUGUGCUCUUUAUGUGUUCCAUGUCGCUGGAGUUGUCAGAAUUGUCAUUGUGUCAAUGUCAUAUCACCUAUGGGACUCCAUCUCCAGGUUUGAUUUCAGAGAUUGUCUUCUCUUAGAUGAGUUGCCAUACAGAGUUAACAGGUCCCAUCCACCCGGGGUGCUGGUGAUGUUUUUGCUUGUCUAUACUUUUACUAGAGAUUGAACUCCAGUCCACAAGUUGGGAUUGGGUCAGUUUAGACCGCUCUGCCUCCCGGCACUGGUCAAUUACCAUUAAUAAGAAACACAGCUAUCUUUUUUUUUCAAUGUUUACAGAUUUUUAUUCUUAAAUGUAGUUUUAAUCAGAUUUUAAUUUAUUUAUAAAAGCUAGAUUUAAAAAAAUAUUUUGCAGUAUUUAUCACACAAAAUAAUGAGCGCCCCCUCAAGUAUGAAACAACACGUCCAGUCACCGCCAAACCAAAGUCAGGAAAACAAAGGAGAAAUUCACACGCUGAAGAAGUAAAAAAUAUUGGUGACAGAAGCUCCACCACAGCAUCUGAGGUAGAAAAUCCAAACGUAAAUACAGACAGUAACCUUGAAAAUGAGAGGUCAAAACUUUCUGAAUUUAAAGGUGACGAUGUUGAGAGCAGCACUGACAGACUAGAUUCCAAGCCUCCCAUUAAUGUCAAGGUCAAAUCUGGUUUCACCCGAAGGCCAAAGUUCAUUGACGAUUUUGCAAAAGAUGAGGACGCCAUGAAAACUAUUGAGAAAGAAUUCAAGAAAAAUGCACUCAUGCUGCAGAAAAAGCUGGGAAUCAAUGAGUCUGGAAUGGUUUUAUUUGACUAGCGGGAC